UUAGCAUAGCCAUUCAUCAUCGGUGUUUACACUCGACUGCUCGCGUAAGCAGAUCGACUGACAAGCCAAAUGCCUGGUAGACAGCCCAGUAAAAUGGCAAUGUAGGAAAUUCAACGUAUCUUUUUGUGUUAUAUACCGAUAAAAAUCAUGUCAUAAUAGAAUCCGUUUUUUAGUGGAUGGAAAAGUAACAUGGCGACAACAAGAACGAAUAUAGGAGUACUACACCAGGAUCGCUAGCGGAGAAUGAGUGGCGAGUUAGACUCCGCGUGUACGUAUUAACCGUACCCCGUGUGUUGGGAUAUAUAUUUAGUGCGUUCAUGUAAACAUUGAAUCUUAUUCACGGUGUGAAGGAUACAGAAGAUGAGUUCAAUAGAAGCGCUGCUCUUGCCCUUGCUUGUCCUGUUCUCACUGGCGAUCAAUAUAAAUGGCGAGAUCAGAUGCAGAUGUAACGAACCAGAGUGCGUCAGCUCGGGAACGCAAAUAUGUAAAUCGUCAAAUAUCAAAAUGUGUUACGUCAUGAGGACCUUUGACGGAAACACUCCAAGAUACUCACAGGGAUGCAUGGACGCCUUGGUCAGGCACGAGAAGUACAAAAAUAUCUGUGACUCUAACAGUGAAACAAAAACAUACGAAAACUUGGUGAAAUAUCGCCAUGAGCCCGUGGUGCACUGCUGUAACAAGGACCUGUGUAACUACAAUAUUGUGAUGAGCGUUCCAGCCAACAGAUCGCUAAAUAAACCAGGCUCCAUAAGCCCAGGGCCACCAGAAUACAUAUUCCCACAUUCCAUUCCUGAAGACACGAAGUCCGUCAGUCAUGAUAAGGACUUGUGGUUCAAAGCUGCAGUAAUAGCUGUACCCAUAGCGGGCGGAUUCAUCUUAGUGCUACUAGUGCUAUUAGCAGUGCGUAUGUUGAGAGCAGACACGCGACGUCAUAGACAAUUUAUAGAAUUUCGAAGGGAGAGAACCAGUUUAACUAAAGCACAUCUUUACGUCACAGACCAUUUCAGUGAUAAAGUGGGGCGGACUUCGCCAUUUUUUGGCGGUAUGCAUAAUCCACUAUGCAAAGACCCUUUAAUUAAUAAUGCUCGAAUGAAAAAAGACGGCAAACUCUACGAGAAAGUCAACACCAAACCGGAAGUUCAUCGUGCGCAGACGCCGAUAAUCAUAUGGGGUAAACCAUCUCACAGGGAUUUAGCGACAGUGGUAUAACAGUAUCUAACUGUCUCCUCUUUUUUUGUCUUUCGUUACAAGGUGUCACGAACAAAACAAAACUGUUGUGCCUUCUGUUUCCGUGACGCCAUGACUAAUGGCGACUACAAAGAUAGUCUUUAAGACAGCAAUUUGAAAUACACGUUGUGUUUUUCGAUGAUGUGAGUGCCGUCAUUUUUUUGGUCCAUAAUUAAGCCAUGAAAUGGCAUGUUAUCAAAGUCCAUCCGCAUUUCAAAUGUAUGAUAAGACAAAUUUGUACAUUGUAUCAUUCAUCCGCGAAUACAUCUAUGUAGUUUUUAACUACUCAAAUAUCAUCAUAAAGCAUAAAAUAUUCUUUUAUGCUAUUAAAAUUGAGUUAUUUGAAUGCCGUAAUAUGAUUUUAUGACAAGAAACAUUUUUAAUCUUGCUUAUGCACUUUGUGAGUAUUUAUUUAUUUGUGAUUUUAUUUCUGGUAUGAAAUUCGGAUGGACUCUAAAUUCAGUCAUGCUUGAAAAAGAAUGUGUGUCGGGGCGAGACAGAUGGAGCACCUCGUGUCAUCUUUAUUCAUUUUUGACAAAUGUGUCUUUCACAUGUAUUUUCCCACAUCUAUCAUUGAGUAAAAAUGUCUGAAUGAUAUAAAUUGCAAAUGGAUAUGACGAAUACGUGAGAUUGUGUGACUGUUGUUAUAAAGAUUUGCUAGUGAAACGUGUAAAUGUAGGGCUUGCUGAAAUAAUUCUUCGUGUAGAAAAUCAAAUUUACUGAAUAUUCACCUCCUACCGAUACUUCUAUUCGUGAUAACUUCUUUUCGAUGUUCUAUUGAAAAAAGAAAUAAACGCUCGCAGUUUAAAGCUAAAUUACAUGUAUUUAUUAUAUCAUCAUUUAAAACUAUUGUACAUGUAUUUUGGAUUUAUUUCAAUAUUUACCUUACCUUCUGAUGCAGACAGUAAAUGAAGUGUGUAAAUGUGAAAUGUAAAUAUGUGCUUGCGUGAUUAUUCAUCUCUAAUUGUUGACUAUAUCUUAUUUUUUUGUUGUUGACUACAAAAUUGUAUAUUUAAAACAAAUGUUUAUUUAUUUCAGUUCAGAAAAUUAAAAUUGUUGUUUUAAAUAAA